AUGUAUUAUACCAUACCAGAUGAGCAUUUGAUUUUAUAUUUUUUUUGGAUUUCGAAACAAAGAUUUGGAAGAGAUGCUGUUUCAUAUAUUUUCACGGAGGUGAUUGAUAAUGUCUCUGAGUUGAUGCUUGAUGAAUUUGGUAAUGUUGUUAUUCAAAAGAUGAUAGGAUUGUGUAACCAAAAUCAACUAACUCGGGUCACUCUAAUGGUCACUAGCUAUGAAUGUCAACUCGUUAAAAUUGUUGUUGAUCUUCAUGGAUUUCGUUCUAUUGAGAAACUGUGUGAGAAUGCUACCACCAGAGAUCAAAGGCUUCUUAUUAUGUCAGCUUUCAACCCUGCUGCUAUUUUGUUGUCUAAGGAUGUUAAUGGUCAUCGUGUGGUUCUCUCUUGUCUGAGAAAUUUCCCACAGGAAGAUACUAAGAUAUUCCUGAGCAUUAUUGCAACUAACUCUCUGUCGAUUGCAAGAGACAAGACCGGAUGUUGUGUGAUACAGUAUUGCGCUAGCCAUGCUCAAGGAGAAGUUAAAAAUCGGCUGAUUGAUGACAUCGUACUAAAUGCUCCAUUAUUAGCAGAAGAUUGUUAUGGCAACUAUGUGCUUCAACAUCUAUUGUCUAUGAAAAUUCAGAGAAUCUCAGGCAACCUACACAGGCAGCUUGAAAGACGAUUUGUGUAUCUUUCCUGCAAUAAGUAUGGGAGUAAUGUAGUGGAAAAGUUUUUCCAUGACGCAGGUGUGCAUCUAUCUGAAAAAAUCAUUGCUGAGCUCCUUAAUUCCCCAAAUAUAUCAAGGCUCCUUGUGGAUCAAUUUAGAAAUUAUGUCAUCUGUACAACAUUGGUGAAAUUUAAGGGUAAUCCCUACCUUAAGAAUGCCCUGCUGGAUCUGAUCCAAGCAAAUUCUCUAAUGAUGCACAUCAUUAUGUUUGGCAAAAGUUGCUUGAUAGGGCCGACAAAAAUUGCGUAA